AUGAAACCCCCUAUUGUGGAUGCUACAUACAAGACAAACUGUGCAAAGAUAUCAUUGGUUUGCAUAGAGAGUGUCUAUAAUCUAAAUAAACACAAUGUCUUUGAUGAACAUCUUGAGCUUUUCAAAUUGCUAUCAUCUCAGAAAGAUUUCCAAAGUAAAGAGCAGCUGGAAGUCAACAAUGAUAUUUCUACAAAGGUUAUAGAAAAAAGAACUCUGGAUAAGUACUUUGAAGAUGAGUGGAUGUCAUGUGGUGAUCCAGACACUCAGAUGUUGGAUUUAGCACAUAUAAAAACAUAUUCAUAUUGGGAUAACAUAGUAGCUAUCAUCUUGUCAGUAUAA